AUGCAGGGCCCCGGCGUGGUGCUGCUCGUGGGCGCGGCGGGCGUGGGGCCCGCGCACCGGGGCUCGGCCGCCUGGUUACGCCAGGGCGGGCUGCUGGGGUGCAGCUGGCCGCAGCCCCCGGGGCCGUGCCCCGGCUGCCCAGCCCGGUGGCCCUGGGCGAGCCGCCUGGAGCCCUGCGCGCCCGCGAGGCCGCGGGCAUGCGGGCCGGCCUGGGUCUGCUCCGGGGCCGCCGCCUGGCCGGGUCCCAGCUGCGCCCGCCAGCCCCGCAGCCCCGCCUCCGCGCGAAGUCCGGGCCGCGCCCCUGAGACGCCCGGGCCCCCGCCUGCAGACGGCCCCGCGCCGCAGGACGCUCCCCUAGUCCUCUGGCCGGGAUUCUCCAGGGACUGCCACAUGGGCCGGCUCCGCAACGCCAAGAUUCACGUGGAGAAAGCUAUCAAGCAGAAGAAGAUCUUUAUGAUCCAAGGCCGCUACCCAGUGAUCCGGUGUCUCUUGCGUCGGAGGGGCUGGGUGGAGAAGAAGAUGGUCUACCAUGCAGGCGCCACCCUGCUGCCCCGCCAGAAGGACACUGAGAAUUCAGUGGUGGGCGAUAGCGACACUGCCCCAGAUGAGGAUGAGGAAGAAGACGAGACAUUUCAGCCGUCACAGCUGGUUGACUUCGAUGGCUUCCUGGAAUUCGAUGACUUAGAUGGGACACAUGCUUUAAUGUCCCGAAUGGUUCGGAAUGAGACCCCUUACCUCAUCUGGACCACUCGGCGGGAUGUACUGGACUGUCGCUUCCUUGCCAAGGAUCAGAUGAUAAACCACUAUGCCCGGGCUGGCUCCUUUACCACAAAGGUGGGACUGUGCCUCAACCUCCGGAAUCUGCCUUGGUUUGAUGAGGCUGAUGCUGACGCUUUCUUCCCGCGCUGCUACCGCCUGGGUGCUGAAGACGAUAAAAAAGCCUUCAUAGAGGACUUCUGGCUGACAGCUGCCCGCAGCGUUCUCAAGCUGGUGGUGAAGUCGGAGUGGGAGCCGCACUCUGUCCAGGCGGAAGGGAAGGAGGCCCCAGGAGAUAAACAGCCUAAGAAACAGGAAAAGAAGCCAGCGGUGGUGUCCCCAGAGUUUGUGGAUGAGGCCCUGUGCGCCUGUGAGGAGCACCUCGGCAGUCUGGCCCACAGGGACAUCGACAAGGACAGUGAGGCCCCGCUGCACCUGAGCCCGGCGGGCUGGGCACUGUUCCUCCAGCGUUAUUACAAGGUGGUCCAUGAGGGGGCAGAACUCAGGCACCUCGACACUCAGGUCCAGCGCUGUGAGGACAUCCUGCAGAAGCUUAGGGCCGUGGUACCCCAGAUCGACAUGGAAGGGGAUCGAAACAUCUGGAUCGUGAAGCCAGGAGCCAAGUCCCGUGGACGAGGCAUCAUGUGCAUGGACCACCUGGAGGAGAUGCUGAAGCUGGUGGACUGCAACCCCAUGGUGAUAAAGGACGGCAAGUGGGUUGUGCAGAAGUACAUCGAGCGGCCCCUGCUCAUCUUUGGCACCAAGUUUGACCUGAGACAGUGGUUCCUGGUGACAGACUGGAACCCACUCACCGUGUGGUUCUACAGAGACAGCUACAUCCGCUUCUCCACCCAGCCCUUCUCCCUGAAGAACCUGGACAACUCUGUACACCUGUGCAACAACUCCAUCCAGAAGCACCUGGAGAAUUCAUGCCACCGGCACCCCAUGCUGCCCCCAGACAACAUGUGGUCCAGCCAGAAAUUCCAGGCCCACCUCCAGGAGAUGGGAGCCCCGAACGUGUGGUCUACCAUCAUUGUGCCAGGCAUGAAGGCCGCAGUGAUCCACGCACUGCAGAGCUCACAGGACACCGUGCAGGACCGGAAGGCCAGCUUCGAGCUCUAUGGCGCUGACUUUGUGUUCGGCGAGGACUUUCAGCCCUGGUUGAUUGAGAUCAAUGCCAGCCCCACCAUGGCACCCUCCACGCCUGUCACUGCGCGGCUCUGUGCUGGGGUGCAAGCUGACACUCUUCGCGUGGUCAUCGACCGCAGGCUGGAUCGCAACUGUGACACAGGAGCCUUCGAGCUCAUUUAUAAGCAGCCUGCAGUGGAGGUGCCGCAGUACGUGGGCAUCCGACUCCUGGUGGAGGGCUCCACCAUCAAGAGGCCCCCAGCCGUGAGUCACCGACGGACGGGGAUCCGCCCUGCACUUCCUCGGCUGCUGAUCCAGCGGGGCUCUGGGGAAGGCAAGGACCCGGGGACCCCUGCCCACAGCCCAGGUAGCAGGAAAUGUAAGGAAGCUGCCCGAGGCUGCGGAGCUCAGAAGGGGCAGAGCCAGGACACAGAGCCAGCCCCUCCCUCCUUCCCCAUCCUCCAGCCCAAGGCCUGGCUGCCGCCUCCCCCUGCACUGCAGCCCCUCGCGCGGGGCCGCACGCAGCUGUGCCCGCUGGUGGGCUCCAAGGCCCUGUCGUCCACAGGCAAGGCCCUGAUGACUCUGCCUACAGCCAAGGUUUUUAUUUGCCUCCCACCCAACCCUGCUUUCAAGCUGGCAGCAGGCAUCCCAAAGCUGAAAAAGUGCCCUCAAGGGUCCCGUCCUGGAAGUGCCAUGCACUCUGUGUUCUUUGAUGCCGCAGCUCUUCCCAGCGCCCCUAGGAAAGUCAAGGCCAAGGGCAAGUUCAAGGCCAGACCCUGCGACAAGCCCAAGCCCAAGGCCGAGACACACGGUCUAAAGAGGCUGAGCCUCCCACAAUCCCCACCAGGGCCCAAGGGGGCCACUGGGGAUGCAGAGAUGGAAAAACCCCCGCUCUGACCCUGAACCUGGUCUGAACCCAGCACCAAAUAAAAAGGAGCAAGUGGAA